AUGAACUAUUCUUUCAAAUCAAUUGUACUUGCAUUAUUGGUUGCCAUGAUGGCAGUUGCCUGUCUUGGAGAUCUUAUUGCCAUGGAAUACUACUAUGGUACUGCCCAAUGUCAAGGUGGUCGUCCAGACUCCUACAAAUUCCCAACCGGUCAAUGCCUUGGUGGUCAAUACAUCUACACCUGCGACAUGGAUGCCAAGACUCUCACCAUCUUCUCCUACAACCUUACCAAGCACGCCUGCAGUGGUCAACAUACCACCGAAGUACUUCAAUUCGGUGAAUGUGAAAGUGGUUGGGAGUUUGGUUGUGUUGAAGCUUAA